UCACCGUCUCCAAGGAGCGGUCUGGGGCACCGGUUUCAAAGUCGCAGGGCGGGCCGAGUGGACUUCCGCGGCUGGCCUGGGGCUUCUCAGCCGUCCUGGCGUCGCCCCCCACCUCCGCCGCUCUGUUAAGGACGCCGCCACCAGGCUGUCCUCCAGCUCCCUCGGCCCUCUCCCAGGUAGCCCGACAAGACCCCGAGUGACCCGCGGGAUGCCUGUAUCCCGUGGCCGCUUCGCACCGGGGUAGGAUUCGGUUGAACGUCGAACAGAAUUCACUUGGAGCAUUCCCCGUAAUCCAGAGAUCUGAAGCCGGUCGCCUGGGCAGGGGACUCGUCCGGGACUCGAGAGAAGCAAGCACGGCGGGGCUGUUGACGCCGCGUGAGUAGGAAGCUGACUCCACCGUCGAGCGCUUGACCGCCUGCGGAGUGUUGCCUUGGUUCCCCCCGCCCUGCCGCCCCCGCACUGCUGGGAGGUAAAGGUGGUGAAGGCUCCAAACUAAAAUUGUAUCGAAAUGGCAAGAGAAAUCGACGUGCUGAGAGAGCAAAAUCGAAAACUAUAUGAAGCUCUCAGGUGGUAUGAAAAUGAAAAUUUUCUCAAAUAUUCAGUUGUACAGAAAGCUGUCUUCAAAGGAGAUGGAGAUGACAUAUUAGGAAACUCAGUAGCUGCCCAAAGCUGUUUAGCUCCUCUUAUUACUGAGUAUGAAAAACAUCUAGAAGUGCUAAAUGGGCAACUGAAAUAUUAUCAGAAACAGAUGGGUGAGAUGAAACUACAGCUUGAAAAUGUCAUCAAGGAAAAUGAAAGGUUACACAGUGAAUUAAAAGAUGUUGUUGAAAAGCAAUUGGAAGCCCUUCCCCUUGGCACAGAGAUAGGAACUGAUAUAUAUACAGAGGAUGAAACAGUCAAGAACCUUCAAGAACAAUUGCAACUAGCCAAUCAAGAAAAAACUCGGGCUGUGGAACUCUGGCAGAUUGUUUCUCAGGAGUUGGACAGCGUGCAGAAACUUUACCAAGAACAUAUGACUGAGGCCCAGAUUCGUGUAUUGGAAAGUCAAAAACAUAAGGAUCAGCUGACCAAUUAUAAACAACUGACCAAGCAACUUCAUAUCAGUAAGGAGAACACACAAAUGGCUAACCAACACAUUCUGAAAAUAAUAACUGAACAAAGUGUGCAAAUCGAGCAACUGCGAAAACAACUUAGGCAAGCCAAGUUAGAUGUGAGAGUCGCCGCAGCAAAAGUGGAAGAGUUAACAAAAGCGGCGGAAGAUCUUCGGGGACAGAUGCAAAAGAAGGAGGAGGAUAUGGUGUCUGCCCAAGGAAGAGAGGAAGCAUCAGAUAGGCGCUUACAGCAGUUACAAACUAGUAUAAAACAAUUAGAAACAAGAUUAUGUGUGGUAAUCCAGGAAGCCAACCAAUUAAGAGCAGAAAAAAACAAUCUGGAAAAACAGACUAGAGACCUACAAGCAAAGUGCAAUGAAUUAGAAAAUGAGAAAUAUGAGGCUAUUAUAAGAGCCAGAAAUAGCAUGCAACUCUUAGAAGAAGCUAACCUUCAAAAAAAUCAGGCUCUGCUUGAGGAGAAGCAAAAAGAAGAACAUAUAAAGAAGAUGAAAGAAACAGUUUCUCAGAUUUUACAAGAUGCUGCCGUAAGAACCAGGAAAGAAAUCACAAACACAAAAAAGCAAUAUAAUAUACAGAUUUCUCGAUUAUCAGAAGAACUUUCAGCCCUUCAAAUGGAGUGUGCCGAAAGACAAGGCCAAAUCGAACGAACCAUUAAGGAAAAAAAAGCGGUGGAAGAAGAACUAGAAAAGAUUUACCGUGAAGGCAGAGAAAAUGAAAGUGAUUACAGAAAACUGGAAGAAAUGCACCAAAGAUGCCUGGUUGCAGAGCGUUCAAAAGAUGAUCUUCAGCUAAGACUUAAGAGAGCAGAAAAUAGAAUAAAACAACUUGAAAUUAAUUCUUCAGAAGAGAUAUCACGUUCCCAAGAAAUGAUUCAGAAACUUCAAAAUGUACUGGAGUCUGAGAGAAAGAACUGUGGAUUUGUCAGUGAACAAAGGCUAAAACUUCAGCAAGAAAAUGAACAGUUGCAGAAAGAUACUGAGAAUUUAAGAAAGAUUGCUCUGGAGGCUCAGAAAACAGCCAAAUUGAAGAUCAGUGCUAUGGAACAUGAAUUUUCAAUAAAGGAACAUGGGUAUGAAGUUCAAUUGAGAGAGAUGGAAGACAGUAAUCGAAAUUCCACUGUUGAACUGCGGCAUCUCUUAGCAACUCAACAGAAGGCAGCCAAUAGGUGGAAAGAAGAAACAAAGAAACUUACUGAAAGCGCAGAAAUUAGAAUCAGUAAUCUAAAGAGUGAGCUGAGUCGACAGAAACUUCAUACCCAAGAGCUGCUUUCUCAGCUGGAAAUGGCAAAUGAAAAGGUAGUUGAGAAUGAAAAGUUAAUUCUAGAGCAUCAAGAAAAAGCCAACAGACUUCAAAGGCGUCUAAGUCAGGCUGAAGAGAGAGCUGCUUCAGCUUCCCAGCAGCUCAGUGUGAUUACAGUGCAGAGAAGAAAAGCAGCCUCCAUGAUGAAUCUGGAAAGUAUUUAAAAAUAUUCAUAGUUCACUCACAGACCUUUAGAGUUGGGGAAGCAGUCGGACUAGAAGUGUAUUGAAAUGAUAAAACCUGCAGAGAAUGGUCAAGGCUUGUGUCAUUUUGCAUAAGCAUUUUCCAUUCUGUUUUGAGGGUUAUUGGAGAGCAGAACAGUGACAGCUUCCUGUAUGUAAAGAAAAUAUAAUCCUCUAUUGAGCUUCACUGGAGAAUAAAGCCAGCUGAGAAGAA